GGAGCGUGUCCGCCCACAAAAGCCACAACGACCCCGGCCUAUCUUCCCCUUUUUUGUGUGAAUGACAGCGAAAAAGGCCUUAAAAGAGGAGAAAUCAGGACAAUAGCCCCGGCGGCAGCUUGUCUUCGACGGCGUCGGAGCGGAGGCGAGGAGGGUGUUGUCCCGGUGCUUACAUGGAAGUGGGUGGGCCUCCGAGCUGACAAGCGCUAAUUUGUGCCGUCUAUGGGCCGUGUGUUCCCGGCCGAGGAGGCACACGACGCGGCGGGCGGCGGGCGGGAGUGCUGGCCCUUAUUUGUGUUGAGGCUGCUGGCGCCCAACGUCCGUGUGCGGAGCGGCGGGUGGGCGGGAGUGCUGGCCGUUAUUUGUGUCGAGGCUGAGGCUGAACCUCCGCUUGGCGCCGCCCUUCCUGGACGGUGGGUGGUUUCGUGACGGCCCGGAUCCCCGUCCUCCGCCUUCGUACUCGGCCGGCCUUCUUCCGCCAACUACACCCUCUCCCUCCCCGUGUAUUCAUGCGUUAUGAGUGACUCCAAGAAGGAAUCAUCUGGAACUGAAGGAGGGAAAGCAUCGAAAAAGGGGAAAAAUUCUGCAUCACAGGAUUCCUCGCAGCCCUCUCCCUUGGCUCUGCUCGCCGCCACCUGCAGCAAGAUCGGAGGGCAGGAAGGAGCGGAGGGCGCUCAGGCUCAGGCGGGGCCCCAGCAGAUCCAGCUGCAGGCCGGUCAGAUCCAGCUGCAGGCGGGGCAGCUCCAGGGUCAGUUUGUUGUGGACACAUCCGGGGGCCAGGCCUUGGUGCCGCAGCAGCUGGAACUGGUCCCGGCUCAGUUCACGGGGAACGGGUGGCAGAUCAUCGCGGCGCCGACUAUGGCCAAGGAGAACAGCAACCAGCCUGUUGCUGUAACGGUUCCCAGCAGCCUUCCUAAUGACGGCUCACCUGGACGCAAGGUGAAGGCCGUCUCGGGGACCAACAGCGUGUCUGCCAACCAGCAACAGCAGUUUCAGAUAAUCCAGGUCCAGAACUUACCCAGUGCCGGAGGCGGGGUUCAGUAUCAAGUCAUCCCUCACCUGCAGACGGCUGACGGACAGCAGAUCCAUAUCAACCCGACUCAGACCGCCGCUAUCGGGGCUUUACCCGAGCAUGUUCAGAUUAUCCAGAGUCCGAGUCCAGGCCAGGCUCAGGCCAUUCUGCAGCCGGCCAAUCAGCAGACUAUGUUGUCAAGUACAACGAGCCAGACGGUCCCCCUGCAGAUUCGCCCUGCUCAGUCUUUCCCCCUGCAGCUGCAGACCCUUCAGGGCUCCCAGACCCCGGUCAUGACCACAGUGCCCAUAAACCUCGGUGGCAUGACCCUGGCCCUUCCUGUCAUCAAUAAUGUCGGAGGUGGCGGCACCAUGCAGCUUAUCCAAUCGGCAGAUGGCACUUUCUCCGUUGCCAACGGCAACCAAUUGGUGACGACAGCGGCACUUUCUGCUCCGGCAUCCGCCGGAUCCAUAACGACGCUGGCCGCGGGCGACGGCGCGUCGGACGGGACGCACGUGGUCUCCGCCGGGAUGGAGGUCAUGACGACCGACAACCAAGCACAAAGUGCCGAGGCGGAUUCACAGAGCCAGAACCAGGCCAACGGAGUUCAGAGUCAGGCGGACAUGCCAGGAAGCAUUCAGCAGGUGAUCGUGGGGCAGGUGGGACAUCAGUUAGUGCAGCAGAUCCAGCUGCAGCAUCCGCAGACUCCGGGUCAAAACCAAGCCCCGCAGCCUCAGCACAUCCAGACUCUACAGCUGGCACCGGGUCAAACCCUGCAGCCCAUUCAGGCCUUUCAGAAUCCAGCCCAGGUCCUUAUCCGCACACCCACCUUGUCCCCGACCGGACAGAUCACCUGGCAGACGCUGCAGCUGCCCGGCGGCGUGUCCCUGCAAGGCAGCCUGGGAGCCGCCGUGCCACAGCAGCUCACAUUGGCCCCGGUGGCCGGUGGGACCGGUGGAGGGCUGGUCUCCCUAAGCGGAACCCCCCUGACGCUGAGCGCGGCUCAGAUCAACCCAGGGUCCGGCGUACAGACGGUCAGCAUCGCCGGGCUGGGCAGCGCCGGGGUUCAAGUGCAGGGCGUGCCCCUCACUAUCACAGGUCUACAGGGUCAACCACAGGGGCAGGAUGGCACCAAAGUCCAGUCGUCCCCUUUAACGGUCACCGUGGGUAACGUGGCGUCCGGCUCCUCGAUGAGUCCGGACCAGUUGGGAUCUGUGCAGAGCUCUUCAGACCAGGAGGGGCCGCCCAGCAAGAGGCUCCGGAGGGUCGCCUGCUCCUGCCCUAAUUGUCGAGAUGGGGAGGCAAGGAACAGUGGGGACCCCAGCAAGAAGAAGCAACACAUCUGCCACAUGGAAGGCUGCGGGAAGGUCUACGGCAAGACGUCCCACCUGAGGGCACACCUGCGCUGGCACACGGGCGAGAGGCCGUUUGUCUGCAACUGGAUCUUCUGCGGCAAGAGGUUCACAAGGAGCGACGAGCUGCAGAGACACCGGAGAACGCACACAGGAGAGAAGCGCUUCGAGUGUCCCGAGUGCUCCAAGCGCUUCAUGCGCAGCGACCACCUCUCCAAGCACAUCAAGACUCACCAGAACAAAAAGGGCGGCGCCGCCGUGGCCAUCAUCACCACCGAGGACAUGGAGGAAGACCCCCCCGAGGGCCUGGGCUCCUCCCCUCAAAUCAUGGCGGUGGCCUGCCUCCCCCCUGACUCUGAGCCGGCCACGCCCACCGCCUCCAACCACCUGGAGGAGGAAGAGGAGGAGUUGGAAUAAGGCAAAGGAAAAAGAAGGUCAUUUCAACUUUGAAAUACUCACUUUUUGAAAUAACCGAUCGUGCGGGGAUGAAAGGCAAACAUGGCAGUCCCGGCCAUCUCUAUGCACUAAACUUCCUGUUUCCAACCUGUCAGGCAGGGCUGAGGGGCAAUCACGGUACAGGACUCUUGCAGAGCAGAGGGCAGUCUUGGGCUCAGUGUGUGUGUGUGUGUGUGUGUGUGUGUCAUGAAGAGGAUGUACCUAAUGUGAGUUUAGGUCCUCAGAUCUAACUCAGGUGUGGAUUCCUUUGGAGAAGACGAGGACAAUUCUGUCAAGAAAACAAAAAGCACAUAUAGAAAGAUUUAUAAUGCAUUCCUAUUGAGGCAGAGUGGCCAUUAGAGAGUGAAAGAGAGAGGAAAAAAAGGUUUCUAUUAAAAAAGACAAAAACAAUCUAGCUUUCUACAACUAUGUGAGGUGAAAGCAAUACUUUAAUGACAAUCCCAGUGGGUCAUGUUUACAUUGAGACUAAUGAGAGCACACAUACAGCGCUUUGAUCAUUUUCCUGCGUUUUAUCCUGUGUGUGUGUGUGUGUGUGUGUUCGGUUCCCGGCAGCAGUUUGUUUAUUACAGUUCGUGCUGCUCUGUGACCCACAACUGCCUUAACACGAGCCGGACUGUCUGGUGGGACUGAAGCAUGCGGCAAGGGGACGAGGGGCGGGGUGGGGGAUUCAUACGGUUGGCGGUUCAGACACGUGAAACGUGACAAAAUCCUUCGCCGGGAAAGUGUUGAAUAUCUUUUAAAAAAUGCGUUUUUGUAGCGAUUCCCAACGAGAGCGGCGCUUUCCAUCAUUUCCAGCAGACCGCAUUGCAAAACGAUCAACUCCCGUAUGAAUCCCGUUCCCGCUGCACGAGGGGGGGGGGGGGGGGG